CAAGCAGACCCGAGAUAGAUUCAAUUAAAGGCCAACAUGUAUUUAUAUACGAAUAUAUGUCGAGGUUUUGGUUUAAAUGACCUUUCCUGGCCUUUGUGUAUGACAACGUUCUAGCAAAGCUCCUCAAUUUUGGAUCUCUGCUUUGCAUGGAGAUUUCCGUAAGUUGGUAUUUUGGUUGAGGUCAGCUGUUUUGCUGGGGCAAAGGCAAAACGAAAUGUCGAACGUGUUCAACGAGAACGACUCCUCUGCGGAAGAGACGGGGGACGUUAAGAUUCUCAUCAAAGGUGGCGACAAGCUCAGCCCGGGAACUAACAACGUGUAUGCGUUUUGCAAUCACUGCAAGAAGGACAUUUCUGUGGUGUACAUCAAAUCGGAGACGAGUGGCAAAGAGUUGGCCGUGACGGAAGCGUUGAAAACCACUUGGCCUUCUGUGUUUGAAGGGAGAUUUCCUGAGAGCGACUACGAGAAAUGCAAGAAGAACAACGAUUAUGAAAGCUGCAAGAAGCUGCUGGAUGAAAAGAAAAAGUGCGAAAAGAUUAAUGAAUUGUGGGUGUCCUUUCUAGACUCUUGCACAUUGCAUGGUUUUCACUUUUGCUUCUCAGGAAACCCACCUGUGCGCCGUAUAAUAUGGACUUUACUGCUACUCGGGGCAUUUGCGUUAUUCUUCGAGAAGAGCACCGACAGCAUUAUCAAUUACUUUCAAUUCCCUUUUACCACUACUACGCUUAUUGUCUACGAGAACAGCUUGGUGUUUCCCGCAGUUACCAUUUGCAAUUACAACGAUGCCCGCUUCUCCAAAAUGAAUGGAACUCGUUUUCAUGAGUUCUAUUUCAGAAAAAAAAUAAAAGGAGAAAACGUCAGUCACCUAAAGGAAGAAAUCUCAGGAGAAGAAAUGACAAAAACACUUUCAAAUGCUGCGCAUGAACUUGACGAAAUGAUUCUGGAAUGUAAUUGGAAAAAAGACUCAAAUUGUGGCCAUGGAAACUUUACUGAGUUUAAGAAUGCUGAUGGAGAUGUUUGUUUCACGUUCAACUCCGGUAAAAAUAGCUCGGCCCUCUUGACGAGUAGCACGGGUGAAGACAAAGGCUUGCACCUUCUUAUCGAUGUUCAGCAUUAUGAUUACUAUUUUGCUGUUGAAAGCGCAGGCUUCAAGGUAAUUUUGCACGACCAGGAUGAAACUCCAGUUAAAAUGCAGGGUUUAGCUGUAUCUCCUGGGUUUACGACGUACAUGGAGUUAAAGAAGAGAAAGAUCACGAACCUGCCUUCACCUUACCGAACGAAUUGCGGGAUGCCAAAGCUACGCUUUUUUGACAAAUACAGCAAAUCCAAAUGUUUCUUGGACAAACUGACUCGAUAUGUUGUCGAAAUCUGCAAGUGCCGUGAUUGGUUCAUGCCUGGAGCCGAUGAAGGAAUUCCCGUCUGCGAUUUCGAGACGAGUGAAGAGUGCAUGUGGCCUGCUUGGGUGCAUUUCGAAGACAAGAAGUUGGACAAGUGUCCCGUGGCAUGUGAGAGCGUGGAGUUUUCAGCUCAGUUGUCGUACGCCCGCUAUCCGGCCAAUGCCUACGCCGAUCUGCUGCUAUCCAAACGUAAAAAUUUGACAGGAACGCCUACAGAAAACAGACAAUAUCUCAGAGAUAACCUUUUGGAGUUGAGGAUUUACUACGAGUCUUUAACUUACUCUGACGUGAGACAGGUUCCCAGUUAUGAUCUGUACAGUUUGUUAGGUGACGUGGGAGGUCAGAUUGGUCUCUUUUUGGGCGCCAGUCUCCUGACAUUGGUCGAAUAUUUGGAUUUUCUGGCAAUGGUGCUUUUCACCAAAUACAAGUACCACAAGGAGUGAUUUGAAAACAUUCACGCACUUUGUUAGUUUUGGAGUAAAUAAAAACUAACAUAAUAUUCAGUAUAAUUAAAUUUAUGUGAUGAUUAUGAUGAUUAUGAAGUGAUUUGAAAACAUUCACGCACUUUGUUAGUUUUGGAGUAAAUAAAAAUUAAUAUAAUAUUCAGUAUAAUUCAAUUUAUGUGAUGACUAUGAUGAUUCAAUAUAAAAUCCAUUUUGUCAUUAUCUUUAAAAGGAACUGGCUAUGAUAAAUGAUAUUUAUUUCAAUAGAGAUUUCAACUAAGAAUCUCUCGGCGAAGACCCAGACAAGAAAUUGUAAUGUUUAUGGUCUAGUAGUUAUAAUAUUUCCAAAGCAGAAAAUGCGAAAGCGGAAUUCAAUACAUUGGUGAUAUUUCUGAGGCCAACGCUGGACAAUGUUUAAAAUCAAGUUCCUUAGAAAUUUGACAUUUGCAUUGCCUUGCUUCUUAGUUAAGGGAUAUUUAACAGCAUUAUCUGGGCCACGAUACUAUGGAAACUUGGAAGACCAAAAGUUCUGUAGCAUUUUGUUUAUGAGCGCCACUAGUGCAAUUGGAAAACAAUUCAAAAUUUGGUAGAAAAAUCCAAAAUGGUUUAAUUUAAUUUUCCCUAAUUACCUUACUGCAGUUGUUGCGAAGCCUUUUUAUUGUAUUACGAAGAUUAUUAAAGCAACCCUAAGUUUGGGUGAAAGUUGAAGAAAAUUACAAUUAAAAAAUCUAACUGAUCUGUUUAUCCACAGGUCAUCGUAUUCCAAAACCCAAAAGGUCAAAUUGCUUAUUACGACGCAUUACCAUAUUUACGAGUUUCUCUCUUGUCUAUUCUGAUUAGGAUAGAAACAUGUUUACAUUUAACUAACCCGCAAGAAUAACUGAUUCUAUAGCUAUCGUAUUUGAUAACAGUACAAUUAGUAAACCUUUUUAUGACAAAAAAUCUCUUAAAGGUGGCGAUCGUACACGAAAAAAAAAAUUAGUUCUGAAUUUAUCUAUUUCAGUCUGAAGCUUUCUGGGACGUUUGUUGGUUAGUUGGAUAAGAAUCAUAAAUUUACUAAAACAAGGCAGUGUACAUGUCGAAGUUGUUGUUGCUAACUGUUCAUAAAUCUGAAUUAUAACCGUGGGAUACGACCUCUUUAGACUAUUAUUUACAAAUUCGUGUACAACUUUGAUUUAACGAACAAACGGUCCUCGAGGAAUCACAUCCACCAACGCAAAGAAAAACGCUUGUUUCUUCAAGUUACAGAAAACUACCUGUGUUACCCAUUUGCCAAAAGAGAACAUAACUUUUUUCCGAGAUUCGACGAAUAUCUGGGGAUAGCCAAUCUUUUCUCGCGAAUGGUAAACACGUGUUCAUCACAAGGGAUGUCCUUUUAUUCUCCUCCAAAACAUAUAGCAACACGUGAGGUACAUAUGACAUUGCUCCCUGAGGACAAGAUACCUUGAGUCUAAAAAAUGAUGUGAGAUGGAUUUCUUCUUCUAUGAUUGGUCUAGAAAACUAGCAACACUCUCUGAACCAAUCAGACGCAAAGGAUUUUCAUGGGUUGUAUAAUAAUUUGCUUAUUAUUGUAUUUGCCGUAUUAUAAUAAAAGCGACGCAUGUAGAGUAA